AUGGUGCGCGACCACCACUUCAUUGCGCUCUACAGCGUCUUCCUCCCUCGCGACAAUACCAUUCCCGCUGCCGCGCUGCUCGAGGGGUGGACACUGCAGGUCGACAAGUUGAAGAAGGCGUUCUUCAUGAAGGCCUGCAGUUCGAUGAACCGGGCCAAGGUCUACUGCAAGCAGGCCCACAAGCUCGCGCGCGGCGGUACCGAGGACCAGCCCAAGGCCUUAGAAGAGCAGGACCAGCUCCUCCGCAAGAGCAAGAAGAUGCUCACCCACUCCCUUCGGUACCUGCACUUUGGGAUUCAGUUGUUUGAGACGGGGCGGAUCGAGGACUACCUGGUGGCCAAUCCGUAUUGGGAGGAGGUGCGGCCCAUGACCUCACUUCUGUGGGAGGACUACGAGCGACGCUGCCGACCCACCUACCUCCACCUGAUGGAGCGCUUCCCCAAAGACCCCGUCAAACCCAUGGACCAGGCCAACGCCACCAACACCAAGAACGAUCGGCACGCGCUCGAGAAGGAGGUUCUCCAUGUCCUCCUCGAACGACGAUCGUCAUCGUUAGCGACAGCUGCAAGCUCAAAAAAGAACGAAAGCGAAGGCGAAGAAGACCUCGGAUUCGCGGCGUACUUCCCGGAACACGCCGACCUCUACGCCAGCGUCGAAAGGCGAUUCGACGAGCUGGCCGCCCGCGUCCAGACCACCUACGACCGCAUCGUGGCCGAAGAAAAGAACGAAGACGACGACGACGAUAGCGACAAAAGAGAGAAGGCCUUCGCGAAGCGGGUGGCCGGCGAGGAGUGGAAGGGGCUCAUGUUCCGCAUGCGACGAAACGGGACUACGGCCCACCACGUCCUCCUCCAGAGCGUCCCGCGCAACGUCUACGCCUGGCUUUCUAGCUAA